ACCUUUGUCUAAGGGUCUUAUCCUGACAAAUUCAACUUUGAAGGCAGCCUGGGUCAUUCUUGGAAAAGGCCAUUCUUUGUCUCCAGUGACCCCAGAGACACCAUAUAGGGGUGGGGUGAUGAUGCAGCAGCCGGGACCAGGUCCCAGUUGCAGUGGACAGGACAGAAGGGACUGAAUGGGGCAGCAGGCUGGGGUGCCACCAGGUACAAGCAAAGCCCAGGGAUACGGCCCCUCCCCUCCGUCCCGGCGGCUCGCUGCGCCCCCUCUGGGCCGUGCAAGCUCCGGCUCCCGCGCUGGGGCUGCCUCUCACCGAUUUCGGCCCGGUGGGAGGCAGUGCCCAGAGCCUCUUUUUCCUUAUCUCACAAAACCCUAAAAGCCGAACCCCUACAACCAGCAGACAAAACUGCUCCCCGAGCUUCGGCUCUUUCCUGCUUUCCAGGCGUUUCUCCGGGAAUAACUUACUUAGUGGCACGGGGAGAAAGGUGGGGACUGGGGGGUCGGGGACCGAAACCCAAAAGAUUCCCCCAGCACGGAGCACCCACGUUUCCAGUGUCGUGCUGGAGUGGCGGGGGAUGCACGUUGGUUUGUGCCCAGCCCGCCCCCACCAAGCUCGGUCCUCGGCGCGCUGACACGCUGGCAUGGGCGGCGGGGUGGGCGUCUCUGGGUCUGUGGCUCUGUCCUGCUCGCCCCCGCCCCUUCCUCCCGGACCGCGCCGGCGCUGUGCGGCCUUUUCCCCAGCACGCGGCGCUGCGCUCGCUUUUAUCUCGGAGCCGCGUCGCUUCGUGCGCUGCCAGCGGGGCUCAGCCAGUCGGCUGGAAUUGAGUAGCAUUCAUUGAAUCUGCGGAUUUCAUGACGUCUCUCUGCGUGGUCCACCACUUUUCUCCUAACCGGGGAUUUUUUUUUUCUUCUGCCACUCUUAUCUUUCCCCACUUCAUUCCACCCAGUCUCCCUCCCCCGUCCCUGCCCAAACGCGCGCCCCUCCGCCCCUCCUUUGACCCCAGCGCCCAGCCCUGCUCUCCGCGCUCGGCCAGAGGGAGCCAGUCCGGAGACGGCCGCACCUGGCUGGAGAGGCUGGGCGGGCGGAGGGGUGGAGACCCGCGGGCGCCCGGAAGCCGGACCUGGAGCCGGAGCAGCCGCGAGCAGAAUGGAGUCUCCUAACAGCCUCUCGGGGCUGAUGUGAAAUUUGACCAUCUGAUUCCAGUUUUUUUCUUUGCCUUUUCUUUUUUGCAUUUCCUUCCCUCGCCAUCCGUCGUGUAGUGAAUUGUUCAGUCUUGCUCCGUUUCAAGAGAGGAGAUCAUGAUUGAGUGAAGCCACCCCGUCCGCAGCCAGGAAGAGCACAAAGAAGAAACUGCAACAAUGGCCAAGCUGACAGAAUCCAUGACUAACGUCCUGGAGGGCGACUCCAUGGAUCAGGACGUCGAGAGCCCAGUGGCCAUUCACCAGCCAAAGUUGCCUAAGCAGGCCAGGGAUGACCUGCCAAGACACAUCAGCCGAGAUCGGACCAAAAGGAAAAUCCAGAGGUACGUGAGGAAAGACGGAAAGUGCAAUGUUCAUCAUGGCAACGUGAGGGAGACCUAUCGCUACCUGACCGAUAUCUUCACCACCUUAGUCGACCUGAAGUGGAGAUUCAACCUAUUGAUUUUUGUCAUGGUUUACACAGUGACCUGGCUCUUUUUUGGAAUGAUCUGGUGGUUGAUCGCAUACAUACGGGGAGAUAUGGACCACAUAGAGGACCCCUCCUGGACUCCUUGUGUUACCAACCUCAACGGGUUCGUCUCUGCUUUUUUAUUCUCAAUAGAGACAGAAACCACCAUUGGUUAUGGCUACCGGGUCAUCACAGAUAAAUGCCCGGAGGGAAUUAUUCUCCUCUUAAUCCAAUCUGUGUUGGGGUCCAUUGUCAAUGCAUUCAUGGUGGGAUGCAUGUUUGUAAAAAUCUCUCAACCCAAGAAGAGGGCAGAGACCUUGGUCUUUUCCACCCAUGCAGUGAUCUCCAUGCGGGAUGGGAAACUGUGCCUGAUGUUCCGGGUAGGGGACCUUAGGAAUUCCCACAUUGUGGAGGCUUCCAUCAGAGCCAAGUUGAUCAAAUCCAAACAGACCUCGGAGGGGGAGUUCAUCCCGUUGAACCAGACGGAUAUCAACGUAGGGUAUUACACGGGGGAUGACCGUCUGUUUCUGGUGUCACCGCUGAUCAUUAGCCAUGAAAUUAACCAACAGAGUCCUUUCUGGGAGAUCUCCAAAGCCCAGCUGCCCAAAGAGGAACUGGAAAUUGUGGUCAUCCUAGAAGGAAUGGUGGAAGCCACAGGGAUGACAUGCCAAGCUCGAAGCUCCUACAUCACCAGUGAGAUCCUGUGGGGUUACCGGUUCACACCUGUCCUGACCCUGGAGGAUGGGUUCUACGAAGUUGACUACAACAGCUUCCAUGAGACCUAUGAGACCAGCACCCCAUCCCUUAGUGCCAAAGAGCUGGCCGAGUUAGCCAGCAGGGCAGAGCUGCCCCUGAGUUGGUCUGUAUCCAGCAAACUCAACCAACACGCAGAACUGGAGACUGAAGAGGAAGAAAAGAACCUUGAAGAGCAAACAGAAAGAAAUGGUGACGUGGCAAACCUGGAGAACGAAUCCAAAGUUUAGUGCCCUAGUGGGGCAACCCCUUCUCUUCUCCCCCCAACACCAUCUUUCCUUGUCUCUCAUUCUCUUUCUUUUCUGUCUCUCUUGCUUUUUUAUUUGUUUAUAUUUAAUUUUUACAUGACCAGAAAACAAAUCUUCAAGGUGUAAAAUAUCUACCUGCCCUCUCUCAGUUAUUCAGAUUGACAAGGUAGACAUGGAUUUGAUGAAGGUGCAAAGUGUCCUCAUUUGUGGCCCAAGCCUGGUCUCCUCCCAAAAUACUACACGUCCAACUCCUAGAGAUUUCAGUUACUUACCUGCAUGUGUUAUACAAUACCAGAUCACUCAAAAAGGUGUGUCAAAGAUUUUACCUGGGAUAUGACAAGCAAGGUUUCUGGUGCCUAUUUAUUCAUUCAGUGAUACACAGCGUGGAGCCCUCAGUUUUAUGGAUCCCAAUUCAUUUCAUCUACUACAGGGUGAGGUGCUUGCCCCCAUGUGGGUGUGGCAGUUACAGGGCCCAGGUGAGCUGAAGACAAACCACUGUACAUAUAUAUGCCUUAUGUAAUUAUUUUCUUUUUGUAGUUAGUAAUAAAACCUAGCAUGUACAAAAGUACCAUAGAACAGAACUUCUAAAUACUGUACAUAGAUGUAUCAUUAAUGUAGGUUUAGAUAUAUAACUUUAGAAAUAAGAAGCAAAAAAAAAAAAAAAAAGAAAGAUUCCUAACAUGCAGUAGGCAUUUCUGUUUUGAUGUCUGUGUUUUCCAGGUUAUUUUGAUCCAGUUGACAGCUGGCCCUUCAGUGCAUGGCCUUUGUUUGUGUCUCAGACUGGCAGACGUUAGGGUACCUCACUGUUCCCAUGCUGAUCCUUUCAUUGAAUCUAAUAAGCCAUAGGUCUGGGAGAUAUUGACGGGUCUGGUAGAUGGCAAAACCCACCACCAAUAUGCUGAUAUACUGUGAAAUGUUACAAAACAGAUGUCUUUUUUUAAAAGAUAACAAGGGCCUCACUAACUGGCCUGGAGGAGGGGGAAUACCAGGAAGGAGAUAUUCUCUAGCCUGUCACCAAAGGUAUGUUUUUACUUUUCACAUGAGCUCUUGCCCUUUGUAGUACAAUAAUUUAGGAAACUUUUCUGCAAAACCAUUGAUUCUCCAGCUGUAGUUUCUCUACAGACUCUUACAGUGAGACAUGGUAAGUUAGCAGAAGAUGGUUUGGGUCUAAAGCCAUGAAAUUCACGAAGGCAUGUAGUGAGUGGCAUGCAUUAUAAUCAUCGACCUCUCACACUUUGACUCUAUCUGGCGUUCUGAGAAUGACAUCUCGCCUGUCCCUGGGGCUUAUCCAUCAGCAUUUCUUGCAUUGUGAUCUUUUAUUAUUUUGAAAUGACCAGAGUUAGUAUUCAAAGAUUAGAUCAACAAUCUUGACGAUUGUCUAAGAAAUGUCUCUGGAGUAUGCCACAGGUUAGAAAUCAAAUCCAGUGUCUCUCAAUCAAAAGAAAACAAAAAAGUCCAGCCUUAAUUCACUUUAAUCUGCAGGAAAGAAGGGAGGAAGGGAGGAAGGGAGGAAGGGAGGAAGGGAGGAAGGAAAGAAGGAAGGAAGGAAGGAAGGAAGGAAGGAAGGAAGGAAGGAAGGAAGGAAGGAAGGGUAUUUGUACUGGAAAUCUGAAUUUUAAAAUGAAAAAAAUAAGGAAACAAAUCUUAGAUCAAACCUCCGGGGCAGGUGGAGAUUUUGCACUGUUACAGAUCUUUCACAUUCAUUUUGCAUUUAUAAGCUGUUUGUUCUUUAACACAGUUGCCCAUCAUAAAUAUUCAUUGAAUGGAUCCAAGUUUAUUUUCAGCUCCUACAGCUGUGCUCAGUUUGAGGCUCUGCACCAUGGAGGUCAAAGAGAUCAAACUAGCUGUCCCUCUUUGUUUCCCUUGCCUUCCCUGACCUGAUUGCACAGGCCUUUGCUGUAGUCUGGGGACCUCGUCUACUAAAAAAGAAGUCCCAGGAUAAGGAAAGUGGCUCCUAAAUAUAACCUCGGGGCCUCUCUUCUCCCAUCUCUGAGACCUUGGAUCAGGACAACUGCCUCUUGGCACUGACUUUAAGGAAAACAAAACUGUUGGCCAUAGCCCUUUCCUGUUUGCCAGUAUUUCCUUUUUUGCAUUGAAUCUCUGUUGAAUCAUUUCUUUAUUUCGCACACUCUAAGAAGGAGGUGGUGGUCCAGGAGGAGGAAGCUCGAUACACUCCCCUUGAGGCUGCAGGGAGGAGCCAUGGCCUGACCUCUCUGCAGCCUAAUGAAGGGCACUCUUGGCUUGGGGAGCUCCCCUGCAGCCUUGCCAGGAUUGCAGGGCAGGCCAUGGCAGGCACAAAACAAGAUGGAAUAGGGGCUGCAAAAUAUCUUCUAAUUUAGCUCUUGAAGACUCACUGGGCCUUUUUAAUUCCAUUGCUAAGGUUUAAAGGACAGCGCACACCCCUGUGUCUGGUUGGAAGAGCAAGCAGCUCAGGGCCUGAUCCCUGCUUGCCUGCCCUUUAGCACAACUGAACGAAGAGCCUUGACAACACGUUGGCCAAGUGCACCUGUCAGUUCUGUGUCUGUGACGGGCACCCGGAUGUGAGGUCUCUCCCUGUUUCUCACUGUCUUUGUUGUCAAUGUAGUUGGAGACAGAACUUGAACCAAAUCUCAUUUUUGUAAUGUGAGCCUCUGAAUCUUUAAAUGAGGAUGCUCCUGAAGAACCUUUUACUAGAAUGUCCCUAUCAAACAUGUCUAUUUUUCUACAGUUGUUAACACAGUUUAACAGUGUAUUUUGUGUCAACUGUUAAAAUUUGGAACUGAAAGUUCAUUGAGACUGAUUUUCUAAGCAGCGAGUAGUGAGUGAAUGGUGUUUUCCCUUAAGACAGCUCAACAAAAUUGACCCCACAAUUUCCACUCAUUCUAUUCCGCAAUAUCCAGUCCUCAUUCCCUCAGUCGCUCCAUUAGCAAACCAAGUGCAAUGAGAAUUUUUUAAGAGUCUCUUUUAAUACAACAGUAUCCAUAACUAAUGAAGAUCACUCUCAACUUGAUCCUUUGGUCUGUUUGGUUAAUGUAUUUGAGUCGCUUUUCCAUAAAGCAUGGUGGGAUCCGUGAGCCAGAUAAGAAUUUGGAAUUUAAGGGUUAUGGUUUGCCACAGUUGACCCCAAUCUGACAAAACAAAGUGCUCCUGGAUGGAAGGGCAGGUUCAGCUGCAAGCAUGACCCCCCACCACAAGGCUGCUGAGUUCCUAGGAUUCUCACCUCCACCCACCCCAACGUGCUCUCCAACUGGAAGAGCAUCCAUUCAUUUAUAAAUCAACUUUAUGGAACCAAUAAAAUCAUUUAUGAUUUAGCUGUCCCCAGGGUAAGCUAUACUCUUUUACAUUGACAUAGCAAAUGUCAACUUUUCUGUCUUCAAACAUGGCCUUCCAGCCUGGUUGUUCCAACAUAUAUCCCCUCUAUGCCCAUGAGGCAGAACUCUCUCUUCCCCCACUCCCUUCCUCCAUCUAUCCCCAUCCUUUGAUGUUUCUCUGGUUCUCCAGUUCCAAUUCUACUGUUUUAGUUCAGUACCUUAUGUUCCCUAACAGAAAUCUAGCUGGAAAUGUCAACCUAUUUCUUAAGCACAAUUUUCUCUUGCAGGUUUAACCAAGCUAGGGCUCUGAAAUGUCUAUUUUUCAUUGCACUCUAAUUUAAAAAUUAUUCAUGACUUCGUUUAAUAGUCUAAAUUUUGAGUCUCCAGAGCAACAUUCUUAAGCUUUCCAUCCCUACAUUUUCUUACAUUUCAGGUUUCUUACUUUUUUCCCCUUUGCUUUUUUAUUUAGAUUUAAGCCAGCGUCUUUGGGAUAUUUAGAAACUGCUUACAAAGGUGGGAACUGGUGGACAGAGAAAGGGGGCAUAAGAAUGCUGUUAGAAAACUACCUGAACUCACCAGAAGAAUGGGAAAUCAUUUGAUUUGCUGAGAGAAUACAAUUAAAAUACUCAUAGUAAAUCAUUUCCAAAACAGUUUGCUAAUAGUCUGGCUACUCUUCAGUCUUUCUUUCCUUGACUUGGGUAAUACUCUGUAUGAUUUAGAAAUGUCAGGAAGGUAGUCGAAAGUUCAGUGUCCUCUAUAUAUGGUAAACAUUAUCUUCGAGGAUGAUUUCCUUUCAAUGGAUGGCUUUAACAUUGAAAAACAUAGGUAACAUAUACACAAUAGAUAAUUCAUUGGUAUUACAUUACAAUACACUAAAAUAACAUUAUCUUGUUUCUAAACUUUAUGGCCAACUGGUAUUUAAGAAAAUGUUAGCCUUUAAUUAAAAUUGAGUAAAGCACACCUCUUCCUAAUAUUUCUGCCUUUAAUGUCUUGAGUGCUUUAGAUGCAGAGUGUCAUCUAGAAGUCAAAAUUCUGUCAGAAGGCUGCUAAGAGAUUUUGAUAAAUCACAGAAUGUAUAAUAAUAACAAAACAAUAUUUUACCCAACAUGGUGUGGUGUUUGAGAGCAUUAAGAGCACUUGUACAAAUUAUCUUAUUUCAUUCUAAUUCACCAUGAGAGGUUGAGUAUUAUAAUUUACAUUUUAUAGAGGGAAAACUAGGGUUUGGGCAAAUUGGCCAAGUUUAAAAGGCCAGUGAAUCAUAGCUCCUUGUCUCAAAUCCAGGUCACGAGGCCCCAAGCUGUGGGCUAUUUUUACUACAAAAAAUUUCGGCAAACCAAAUCUGCUAAAAAAAAAAAAAGUCUGGCCUGCUCCCUGUCAUUGUACCACUUGUGAGCUAAAAGUGAUUUUUACAUUUUUUAAUAAUUGGGGGAAAAAAAGAAAAGAAGAAUAUUUUGAGACAUGUGAAAAUCAUCCUAAAUUCAAAUUUCAAUGUCUACAAAUAAAGUUUUAUUGGAACACAGCCACAGCCAUAUUUCUGUGUAUUGCCUAUGGCUGCUUCCACAUGCACUAGCAGAGCUGAGUAAUUACAAAAGAGACCGUGUGGCCGGCAAAGAUUGAAAUAUUUACUAUCUGGCCCUGUAUAAAAAAAGUUUGCUGACCCCUGUACUGUACUGUUAAGUACUAUUGGUACUAUUAAGUAGUAGAAAUAGUACUAUUAAUAAUAGUAUGUAAUAGUACUACUAAGUACUAUGAAAUAUUGUACUGUACUCUUAAGGGAUUCCUAGGCAAUAUAGAAGAAUGACUUUUUUUCUAGUAUAAAUUAUUGAAGUCACUCAUAAGUCUGUUCAAAAUAACAUAACUCUUUUUUUUUUUGGUUGUCAAAGGGACAACUGCUUCGCAAGACUUAGAGAGCCCAGUCAUUCAGUUAGGGUCUCAAAGGAAGAAUCCUUCCUUUUCAUGCCAUUCCUCCAGAGUGGCAAAUACAGUCAACAGCCAGCCAGGAUCUAGUAGUCAACUCAGAAACUGGAUACAGUAAAAUUACUCCUUAAUGAACUACAGAGAAAUGGGCAUUCCCAGCCCAGCAGCUGAAAUAUUGCUUCAGUGGCACCCACAGGCGUUGGAUGAUGUACAUAGCUCAGGCUGCCAGUCUCUGCUCAGCAAAGCAGCCCAGACCUGCAGUGGUUGCCAUACAUCAAACCCGCCUCGCUCCUCCACAUGGCUUCUCUCUUAGGCUCUCUUGGAGAAGAGCUAAAUAGGUGGCCCAGAUGUCUCCCUCUGUUUUCUUGCCAGUUUUCUCUAGCCUACAAUUUACAACUGAUCAAGGUGAUGAACGUGAACCUGGAACUACCGCUUAUGUUUAAUUGCGCUAGUUCUGGCUCUCUCUAGCCACUAAGCUAGAAGUUUAAUGUGCAAUUAGAGAAUCCUUUGAAAAGAGCUCAGGGAGGCACGGAAGUAUAGUAAAGGGUCGUUGGAUUUCUUGCGCUUUCUGAGUCUGAAGCAAAGACAAAGAUUGGUAAUUACAGACAUAAUGGAUGGAAAAAGUCCAGACCUUAGGGUUUUUAGAUAAGUCAAUAUUAAAUGACAUUCUUUGUGUCACUAAGCUGAACUCCCUUGUCUUCUAAGGAAGCAUUUCUAAUGCCAUAUGUAGUCAGCCAAGCUAGGUUCCUUAUCUUUUUAGUUCUAUGGAAAAACAUAUCAAGUUCUCUUAUGAGUGCUUUUCUGGAAAUCAGAUGAGAAAGAAAAAAAUGUAACAAUGUAACAAAUCAUUGUGAUGUUGUUAUAUUGUCGACGGAUAAAGGAUGGAUUUGAUCCUGCGUCUGAAACUAAGUAGGUAAUGUUAUCUACAAUAUAGACCGUGCAAAAAGCUUGUGACCCUUCAACUGCAUGGAAGAGCGUAACAACUAAGUGGGAGGAAACAAAUCUCAAAGUUCAACACCAUAAAACUUAAAUAAAUGUAAAAGGAGUCAAACUUUUACUUGGCCUCAUUGCCUUGGUAAAAGAAAGCUUCAUGUAUCCACCUAAUUCAAUAAGAGAGUCCUAGGAAAAGGAAGGCAAAAUACUUUUAAGGCACAGAAAAAUAUUUCACUGGGGUGGUCAACAUGAUUAAGUGAUGGAGAUUAGAUUUAUCACUGAUGAAAACGGUAUUUAUAGAGUUAUUUUUAGACACUAUACCCCCUAGACGCGAAUCCUAACAUGCACUGUGGUUGGCCGGAGAAUUAUGGCCACAUAGUAAACAGAUCUUGAUUUCAGAGAAUGCAAUGUUCCCACCGACUUUGUGUAAUUGCCCAUUUCAAGAUGAAGGCUCAGCGCCCCCUGUAUUAACACCGAUCAUCAAUACUGUGAUAUCAACUAAGCCAAUCUUUAUAAGAAUAUGAAGGGCUGUUUUUCUCAGGCAAUGUAAAUAUCUGCUACCAACAAGCACUAGUGAAAUAAACAUGUAAUCAUCAUCGUUUCUAAAAUUCUGAUAGAAAUCACAAAACAUUCAAGCAAAAGGGCAAGGUCUUCCAGGAGCCUAGGAGCAGACUUUUGGCUACAAAGAGCCUAGUCCAGGCUGAAUGCCUUAUGGAGUAUGUCAGUCUUGGGUCUUAUCAGUAAACACAACUAGUAGAACUGGAUCAACUGGAGUGCAGAGAGCAGAGUUUUCGGUCAGCCAUGCAUUACCCAAAUCUCUGGGUCUUCAGCCAGUCUUCUUAGAGGAGGGGAAAGAGCACUGUCCUCAGAUCUGGCCAUCACGGGCAUCACCCUGGCAUCAUCUCUCAGCAUUGCUGACUGUGGGCAUGGGUAUGAGAAACACCCUCCCGUAGCUCAGACUUGGGCAGAACAAAAGCCUCAGCCAUGCCCACCCACUGAGGUCUCUCUAGGGGAGCUUCUCCCUGCAGGGUCUGGACAAUGAUCCCCUAGAAGUAUCUUCCAGGGGACCCUGUAUCUUUCAAGCUUAACUUGCCCCACACCCUUGACCCCACAGAGCACCUCCCUGGGUCAGGGAUGACGACUGAAUUAAGACCUUUAGCAUCUGCUAAGCACAGGGGUGCCCUCCCAUGUGAAAGGCCAAGUAAAAUAAAUGGAGUCAGGGUAAGGAAAUCCCCAAGUUUCUGAUUUUCUCACAGUGAUGAUCUCAGUGCUUUUCUUUUUCAUGACAUAUCUAAUUCUCUUUUCUCUAGAAAGUCUCACAUUUUGGUAUCGCGAUGCCAUGGGCACAGACUCAGCCAUCAGGCCAAUGGCAGAACUCUCUCCAGAUAGUCUGACCUGGUCCAUCUUUUUGAGUAAGGCUGGGAGUUUGGUUUGUUUGAAGCCACCCCACAACCAAUAGAAUUCCACCCUGGUUAAGAAAUCUCGCAAGGCCGGGUGCUGUGGCUCACACCUGUAAUCUCAGCACUUUGGGAGGCCAAGGUGGCAGAUCACCUGAGGCCAGGAGUUUGAGACCAGCCUGGCCAACAUGGUAAUACCCCACCUCUACUAAUAAUAUGAAAAAGUUAGCUGGGCAUGGUAGUUCCUGCCUGUACACCCAGCUACUGUGGAGGCUGAGGCACAAGAAUAGCUUAAACCUGGGAGGGGGAGGUUACAGUAAGCUGAGAUCAUGCCACUGCACUCCAGCCUGGGCCACAGAGCGAGACUCAGUCUCAAAAAAAAGAAAGAAAAGAAAGAAAGAAGGAAGGAAGGAAGGAAGGUAGGAAGGAAGGAAGGAAGGAAAAAAGAAAAAAGGAAGGAAAGAAGGAAGGAAAGAAGGGAGAGAGAAAGAAAAGAAAAGAAAGAAAGAAAGAAAGAAAGAAAGAAAGAAAGAAAGAAAGAAAAGAAAGAAAGAAAGAAAGAAAGAAAGAAAGAAAGAAAGAAAGAAAAAGAAAGAAAGAAAGGAAGGAAGGAAGGAAGGAAGGAAGGAAGGAAGGAAGGAAGGAAGGAAGGAAAGAAAGAAAGAAAGAAAGAAAGAAAGAAAGAAAGAAAGAAAGAAAGAAAGAAAGAAAGAAAAAAAAAGAAAUCACACACCCCUACCUCUAUCAGGGUCACCAAAUGAAGGCAUCAAUGUCGAGUCUCGUUAUUAUGUGCAAGGAACUCCUCUGCAUUGCAGCACUUACAGACACAACUUAUGCUGUCACCUGGUGCCCACACAGCUUUCAGGUGAUGGCAGAUUGUCAGCCAACCAUUCCCCCCAGCUGCUCUCUCUUAAUUUUCUCCCUCAUCUCACCACGAAAACUUCACUUUUCCUGGCACCCCCGUUGGAAGGUUAAUUUCAUUUUUGAGCAUCCACAAUCCAGCAACCUAUUAUUGGGGUUAGUCCUAUUCCUUACCACUUAAUGGCCACCACUAAUUUUACCUGAGCACAUAUGUUCAGAGUCUAACCAUAUAUAUAUAAAAAAGUAUAUUUUGUUCCUGCUUCAUAGUUGCCCAGAGAGUCUAUGAGUGAUGGUUGGGCGUAUACAUGGUCUCAGCCUGGUAACUGACGAGAGCAGCAUAAAGUUAGGUCUUGUGCUGAAAGGACAGCUGGACUUGUCCAGUGGGAUCUUCCUGUCCUUUGCAGCACGCCAUUAGGGGACCAGCUUGCCAAAGAAGCUCCUGAACAUCUUUAUUCAGCCCAGUGCUUUCUCGUCUUAACCAAGGGCCACACAGAGACAACAGUGAACUCACAAGUGCAUGGGAUUCCAAAAUGAUUGACUCCCCAAGUGUCUGCCUGUGUUGGCAAAGUGCUCUUUCCUUUCCCACUGUCUGCACAGACUGUGCUCUGGGGAAACUCCCAGCACUUGUGGGUGCCUGGUUACCGAGGAUGUGCUUGGCUGCCAUAGUAACUCCCAGCCUCUCAGUGUGGACCACUCUCCCGCAGGCUCAAGGAGACCUGGCAGAGGCCCCAUGGGGCGGAGGCUCCCUAGGGCUGCUCCACCUGCAGACAGCCUUGGGAGAACCCAAGGUAAUGUGGAGUAGGACCCAGCAUACAGGUGCUUCCUCCACACGUCAGGUCUGGGGUAUUCCCAUCCUUUCUUCCUAAGAUGGGAUGCACUUAGGUGGCCAAAUUGCUUCUUAAAAGGCUCUUCUUCAAGCCAUCAUCCUCAUAUCACGCUCAUGCCCACACUCCAAUCACAUUUGCCUUUAAAAAAAUUUUCAAAAUUAUUUUUAUAUUAUCCCAUGUAACAGAUGUCCAAAGUGUUGCCGUUUUCUUAACACUAAAUAAAUUCUGCCUAGAAGAUUAAGAUUGGUCCAGAACACGGAGUGUUUUAAUGAGCACAAAUAUAAACAAAAGCAAUUUUGAAAUUUACUUAUGGAUUCUUUCAGAAAACCUGAUUUCAAAUCAGAAAUACUCAUUUUUGCCCCCAGAGCAAAGUUCCAGAAUACUAUUUCUUCUUGAACUUGCCAUUUUCCAUCUGGCUUUGAACUUGAGAAUAGACUCCCCUAUAUUGGCAUAAAAGGUAAAGUGGAAUUUACCACUGAAGCUUUCAGAGCUCAAUUUAGUCUGGCCCCAUGGACCAGGCAAGAAUAAACUCUGCUAACCAGUGAUAAUUCUGCAGCUACCGUACUGAAUACAAACCCUGGAGAAAUUUUGGACAUGGUACUGCUUAAGAAUGCUGGGAAUGUCAGUCAAGGGUCUGAUUUCAGAAAGAGGACAUUAAUAUUCAAAUCCCUGAACCGUGCCCACACUAUGGGAGUCAGGCCUAACAAGAUCCCAGGGUCCACAGCUUACCUGGUCAGCUUGCUGUGUCUUAUGGGGCAUUAGAGGGUAGAUGAGAACUUUCCACAAUCUCGACAACUGCACUGGAAGAAUUUCUUCCGUGUAUUUUCUAAUUCUGUGACAACAGGCAUCAACAAAACAUGUGGCCUGUUAUCACAUGGUUCCUCCCUGUGUGCACCUUCAUAGAGAUUUUCUUUUCCUUUUCUAAAAGAAUGAGGAUUCCUCUGAAUGUUACACUAUGCAACAAUAACGUUCCCAGUCCUUCAUAAGUAACACAGUAACAAUAUAGGCACCCGCUCCCUACAUCACACACACACAUACACACACACGAAUACACACAGACACAUGCAUACACACACAGAGACACAUGCAUACACACACACAUGCAUACACACACAGACACAUGCAUACACACACACAGACACAUGCAUACACACAGACACAUGCAUACACACACAGACACAUGCAUACACACACACGAAUACACACACACAGACACAUGCAUACACACACAGACACAUGCAUACACACACAGAGAGACACGCAUACACACAUGCAUACACAGAGAGACAUGCAUACACACACACGCAUACACACAGAGACAUGCAUACACACACACACAGACAUAUGCAUACACACAGAUACACACAUGCAUACACACACAGACACAGACACAUGCACACACACACACACUUAUCCCUUCCAAUCAGGUAUGAGUGACACCACAAAAGUAAAUUUCCAGAAAUCAAAGCCUUAAGAUUGGCAUUCCUCCCCUGCAUGCACUAAGGCAUUAUUUUUAAAAUGUACCAUACACUUCCCUGAACCCGAAGGCAACAGCCUUUCUUUCAGUGUUUGGUAGGAACCCCGGACUCAGAAGACCAGGUUUUGCCCCCAGAUGAGCAAUGUCGUCCUGGGUAUAUCAUUUCACUGCUCGGAAAUAGCUUCCUCCACCCCUUUUUAAAACAAUUGAUAAAGUUUAUUUUUUAGAGCAGCAUUAACUUCACAGCAAAAUAGAGCAGAAAUUACCGAGAGCUCUCACUUACCCCCGUCCCACGCAUGCAUGGCCGCCCCCACGAGUGAUAUGCCAAACCACAGUGGUACAUCUGUGGAAAUGCAUGAAUCUGCACUAAGACAUUACUAUCACCCCAGAGUCCAUUGUUUACAAUGGUGUUCUACAUUCUGUGGAUUUGGCCAAAUGUAUAAAGGCAUGGAUCCACCAUUAUAGAAUCAUACAGAAUAGUCCCACAGCCCUAAAAGUCCUCUAGGCUCUCCCAAUUCAUUUUGUGUCCUCCCGACCCCUGGCAACCACUGAUCUUUUUACUGUCUCCACAGUUUUGCCUUUUCUAGAAGGGCAUAUAAUUGGAGUCAUGCAGUAUGCAGCCUUAUCAAAUUGGCUUAUUUCACUUAGUAACAUGCAUUUAAGUUUCCCUCACAUCUUUUUAUGGCUUGAGAGCUCACUUUUUUAGCACCAAACACUCAUCCAUUUUCUGGAUGUACCACUGUUUAUUUAUCCAUUCACCUACUGAAGGACACCUUGGUUGUUUCCAAGUUUCGUCAGUUAUGAAUAAAGCCACUAUAAAUAUCUGUAUGCAGGUUUUUGUGUGGACAUAAGUUUUCAAUUCAUUUGGGUAAAUAUGAUAUGUUAAAGCUAUAUUUAGUCUUGCAAGACACAGCCAAACUGUCUUCCAAAGUGGCUGUACCGUUUUGCAUUCCACUAACGAUGAAUGAGGGUUCCUGUUGCUCCACAUCUUCACCAGCAUUUAGUGUUGUCAAUGUUCUGCAUUUGGGCCAUUCUAAAAGAUGUACAGUGGUAUUUCAUGAUUUGGGACAUAUUUUUAUAUGCUUGUUUUCCAUCUGUACAUCUUCUUUGGUGAGGUGUCUGUUCAGGUCUUUUGGGCAUUUUUUUAAAUCAGGUUGUUUUCUUAUUGUUGAUUUGUUAAAGGUCUUUGUAAAUUUUAGAUAAUAAUUCUUUAUCGGAUGUGUCUUCUGUAAAUAUUUUCUCCCAGUCUAUGGCUUGUCUUCUCACUAUCUUGACCUUGUCUUUUUCAGAGCAGAAGUUUUUAAUUUUACUGAAGUUCAGCUUAUCAUUUACUUCUUUCAUGAUCAUGUCUUUGGUGUUCUAUCUAAAAAUCUAUCGCCAUAUCCAAGGUCAUCUAAGUUUUCUCUUAUGUUACCUUCUAGGAGUUGUAUAGUUUGGCAUUUUACAUUAGAUCUGUGACCGAUUUUGAGUUAAUUUUUGUGAAAAGUUUUAGGUCUGUAUUUAGACUUUUUUUUUUUUUUUUGCCCUGUGGAUGGGCAGCUAUUUCAACACCAUUUUUGAAAAGACCCUCUUUGCUGCACUGUUUUGCCUGAGCUCCUUUGCCAAGGAUCAGUUAACUAUAUUUGUGUGGGUCUAUUUCUCAGCUCUCUAUUCUGUUCCAUUGAUCUAUUUGUCUAUUCUUUCACCAACACCACAUCGUCUUGAGUACUGUAGCUUUCUUUCUCCAUAUAAACUGCACACUCAGUUUGUUGGUACCAACAAAAUAACUUGCUGAGAUUUGUAUUGGGAUCAUAUUUAAUCUACAGAGGAAGCUGGGAAGUGACAUCUCAACAAUAUUCAGUCCGUCCAUGAAAUGGAAUAUCUCUGUAUUUACUUAGUUCUUCUUUGAUAUCAUUCACCAGUUUUGUAGUUUUCCUCAUGUAGAUCUUACACAUAUUCUGUUAGAUUUAUACCUUAAGUACUUCAUUUCAAGGUAUACUAAUUUAAAUAAUCAUGUGCUUUUAAUUUCAAAUUUCACUUAUUCAUUGCUGGUAUAUAGGAAAACAAUUGACUUUGUAUAUUAACUUUGAAUCCUGAAAUCUUGCUAUAAUCCCUUAUUAGUUCCAGGAAGGUUCUGGGGCUUGUUUUUGUUUUGUUUUUUGGUCAGUUAUUUCAGAUUUUCUACAUAGAUGAUCAUGUCAUCUGUAAACAAAGACAAAGUUUUAUUUCUUCUUUCUUCCCAAUCUAUAUACUUUUAUUUCCUUUUCUUGUCUUAUUGCAUCAGCCAGGACUUCCAGUAUCAUGUUGAAAAGUAGUAGUGAUUGGGACACCUUUUUUUUCCUGAUCUUAGUGGGACAGCUUCAGGUUUCUCCCCAUCAUGCCAUUUAGUAUGAUGUUAGCUGUAAGGUUUUUUUUAAGAUAUUGUUUAUCAAGUUAAAGGCUUCUCCUCUAUUCCUGCUUUACUGAGUGUUUUUAUCAUGAAAGACUGUCUGGAUUUUUCUGCAUCUGUUGAUAUGAUCAUGCAAUUUUUCUUCUUUUGCCCGUUGAUAUCCAUUACAUUAGUUGAUUUUCGAAUGUUGAACCAGCCUUAUAUACCUAGGACAAAUCCUACCUGGUCGUGGUGUUUAAUUAUUUUCAUAUAUUGUUGGACUUGAUUUGCUAAUAUUUUGUUGAGGAUUUUUGCAUCUAUGCUUAUGACAGGUAUUGGUCUGUAGUUUUCUUGUUAUGUCUUUGUCUGGUUUUGGUAUUAAGGUGAUGCUGGAUUCACAGAAUGAGUUAGCAAGUGUUCUCUCUGCUUCUAGCUUUGGAAAGAGAUUGUACAGAAUCAGUAUCAUUUCUUCCUUAAGUGUUUGGUAGAAUUCACCAGUAAACCCAUCUGGGCCAAGUGCUUUCUGGUUGGGGAGGUUACUAACCAUUGAUUCAAAUUAUUUAAUAGAGAUAUACCUAUUCAGAUUGUCUAUUUGCUCUUGUGUGAGUUUUGACAAAUUCUAUUUUUCAAGGAAUUGGUUCAUUUCAUCUACAUUAUCAAAUUUGUGGGCAUAGAGUCAUUCAUAAAAUUCCUUCAUUAUCCUUUAUUAUCCUUUUAACCUCCAUGGGAUUGCUAGUAAUGUCCCCACUCUCAUUUCUGAUAGUAGUAAUUUGUGUUCUUUCUCUUUUUUUCUUAGUUAGCCUGUCUUGAGACUUAUGGAGCUUAUUGAUCUUUUCAAAGAAUCAACUUUGUUUCUGUUUAUUUUAUUGAUUUCCUAUUUUCAAUUUCAUGAAUUUUUAAUCUAAUUUUAAUUAUUUCUUCUCAUUGGCUUACUUUGGAUUUAAUUUGCUCUUUUUUUCCACUUUUUUAAAAUGGAAACUUAAAUGAUUGAUUUCAGAUCUUCUUUUGUGCUAUCUGCAUUCAAUGUUAUAAAUUUCCCUUUAAGCAUUGCUUUUAUUGCAUCCCACAAAUUAUAAUAAGCUGUGUUUUCAUUUUCAUUUAUUUCAAAAUAUUUUUUCACUUAUCUUGAGAUUUCUUCUUUGACCCAUGAUAUUUACAAGUGUGUUGUUUAAUCUCCAAGUAUUUUGGCAUUUUCCAGCUACCUUUCUAUUACUGAUUUCUAGCUGAAUUUCAUUGUUAUCUAAGAGCAAACAUUGUAGGAUUUGUAUUUUUUUUUUUUUUUUGAGACAGUCUCACUCUGUUGCCCAGGCUGGAGUGCAGUGGCAUGAUCUUGGCUCACCACAACCUCCGCCUCUGGGGUUCAAGUGAUUCUCCUGCCUCAGCCUCCCAAGUAGUUGGGACUACAGGCGCCCACCACCACGCCUGGCUAAUUUUUGUAUUUUUAAUAGAGAUGGGGUUUCAGCAUGUUGGCCAGGCUGGUCUCGAACUCCUGACCUCAAGUGAUCUGAGAAUUUCUGUUCUUUUAAAUGUGUUAAGAUAUGCUUUAUGACCCAGAAUGCAGUCUAACCUGAUGAACAUUCCAUGCAAGCUUAAGCAAAAAGACUAAUCUGCUGUAGUUUCCUCAUCUUUUUCAACAAACGUUUGAACCCCAUAGUCUCUGCUUUAAUCAUUCUAGUAUCCAUUCCAACCUACACCACCAUCAGUUCUAGACUGUACCUCUACACUAAAUGACCCCAGAUGGUUCAGCUUUAACUCUCAGCUGUUUUCAUCAUUUAACUGAUUCCCUUGCUGGCAGCAGGGAAAUUAACUACCAGCCACACACUUGUCUCUAACAGCACCCACCAACCACGUCCUGCUCCCCUGUCCUUACCACCACUAAACCCGGUAGCAGAGAGAUGAGCUGUGAGGUAGGUGCCUUCUAGAUAAAUGAGGUGCUACUGGACGUGCACUGUGGUCUUCUCUGCAGUAGAAAAAUGUCCAAGGAAGGUCAGCAUCAUUGAUAGAAAAUAAAUGUGAGGCUGCAUCUCGCCAGCUCAUCCAUGAGCAAUUCCUUCAGCUCUAGCAGGCUACUGACAAUUUGCUUUUAACCCAAAUCCAGCUCUACCCUCCCUAAAGCAUGCACCUAGGGCCCUGGUCAGGAAAAAAAAAAAAAACAAACAAAAAAACAAAAAAAAACUAAACCAGACAGGAUAAUUAAGGAGGCAAAAAGCUUAAACCAUAAUAUUUUAAUUAAACUGAUUUAUUUUAACCAUAGCACUCCUGCUUUAUUUUAAUUAUAUACCAAUAAUGGAAAAUAGAGGCCACUUUUCAUUAUUAAUCAUAAGAUAAUUCAUUGUAUUUGUCUUUCCUAAUAAAAUGGCAUUUUAUUAAGGCCCAAAAUGUUUACUAUGGCCCAGUAAAGUAUAGGGUUGUUCUGUGAGCUAUUUCUUAGGAUAGAAAAUUAUUCCAGAAAGCUAUUAGCUCAAAAGUCUCUAGCAGUGCCAAGGUUUCAAUAGUCUCUUUAAUUUUGAAUCAUGCGAUUGAAGAUAAGACUACAUCUAGUUUGGGGGUUGCAUGUUUGUGGACAUUCAUGUUUCUAUGUACCUGGAAGUUCUUAUUCUUACCAUCACACAGAAUUUUCAAGAACUAGUUAAGCAAAGAAAGCAAAGCCCAGCAGCUGUCAGAAUUGGGUCCCCAAGCUGAGGGUCAUUAGGGUGCAUGUCAGUGUGCCAACUCCAAUAUCCACACCUAGAGAACGCACAUCUUCCCAAAAGAGAUGAAGCAUAGAUGACACUUGAUCCUCAACUUUGUCUCCAGAAAUUUUUUUAGGAACUUGAGUUUUUUAUCAAUUGCUCACAUCCUACAGAGAAAUAAAGUGUUCCAUUUUCAAGAUGCAUGAAGCUCAUCAAUGCUGGGAGCAGGCACACACUUGUAUUUUUAUUCUCAGGGAGCCCAGCAGCCAACUAAAACUAGACAAGGACAAAACUCCACUCAAAAUAUUCUGAAAGUUAGCUGAUGCCCCAUAUUUUAUUACUCCAAAUGUGUAUUCACUUGCCUGAGUGCUGGCCAUAAGCACUCGGUGAACACUUGCAGUACAGUGAGUGAUGUCCUUGACAAGUUACUAUGAAGACUCUGAGAAAAAGUAACAUCCCCCACUGUCCUCAACAAGCCUGUAAUCCCAUGGCUGCCAGCCCUUACCUUGCAGCAACACUGUGCUAAGUGCAUCGAACCACACAAAACCCUGUGAGCAAAUACUGCUUCCCACUUUACACGUGAAGUAACUGGGUCUAGUUUUAGAAAUACCUAAACGAAGAAGGACAGGCACAACAAAUUUGCUGGAAUAUAAAGAAAGUGGAUCAGCUUCUGCGUAAGCAGUAAGAAAUGGCAUCAUGAGGAAGAAAGGGACAUUUGCCCUGAUAUUUCUCAAAGACUGCAUAGGUUUUGGAAGACAGAGAUCCAAGGGCAGGCAAGCACAAUUGUUCAUGCCUGUAAUUCCAGCACUUUGAGAGGCAAAGGUGGGAGGAUUGCUUGAGCCCAGGAAUUCAAGAUCAGCCUGCACAACAUAGCAAGACCCCGUCUCUAUUUCAAAAAGAGAGAGAGAGAGAGAUCCAAAAGCAAAGGCAUUUCAGUUUGCAAGGCCAGCAUGAGAGAGGGUCUUAAAACAGAAACACACAAGGUAAGAUUGUGGGAUGGUACCUAGACCGGCCUAGGAUCAUAGGAUUUGAUAAAAUAUGCAUUUGGAAAACUGGUGCUAAUUUAUACAGACUUAGAAUUUCAGGCUAAGGACAAGGACUAAGAAAGGAAUAGCAUGAACAGUAUUAUUGAUAAACCCAUCAUUGCCUCUUAAAGGCUCUUAAGUCUUUAGUAUUGAAUUAAAAAAUAAUUUUCACUGGACAAAACCAAAAGGUCUUUACACAACUGUCAAUCACUUUGAAAUGAUUCAGCAAAAAGCAGAAUAAAUCACUAGUGGAAUUUCAAUAGCAUGUAGUAGUAAACCAUCAUGUGUCCAGCAAAAUCAUAAGAGUUUAUUAUAGAAGGGACUUAGGGAUAUUAAGAAAUAUAAUGUACAAAAUAACUCAAGUUUUCUCCAAGCAAAACCAAUGAUCCUUUAGGGAUGAACAGAAAGAAAACAAGAAAUGCUUCUUUCAAAAGUUGCUACCAAGGCUUCUGAGAUUUCUUUGGAAUAAAGUCACUAAGAUUUGCUUCUGAGGUCAAUCUUGCCAACCUUUCCACCAAGCUUUUUAGGAAGGAACACCAGGUAGGGCUCAAGCACUGGUUUGGCUCCUGUCCCAUUUUUUGGUCCUUUUGUAACUCCCUUUACUCAACUCCAAGUAUGUCUGUGCACGGACAAUGAGAAGAAAGCAUGCUCAAUGCGAAAGCACAAAUUAUGUAUUGAGAAAUCACUACAAUGCCAAAUUUUUUUAGAAUAAAAAAAUAUAUAUAUAUCUUUAAGAACUCGCUGUGUUAGGGAAACUGUUUACAUAUUGAGGUGUUCCUCUUUUUUUGACUGGAACAAUAAAAGAAAAAUUUGA